GCGUGGCCAUGACCCUGGCCGUGGGCCCUCUCAUCGAGUUCGCGGGGCCGACGCGCCUCCUGCGGGCGCUGCUCUUCCUCGCCGGGGUCCUGUGGCUCCUGCAGGCCUUCACGCCCUACCUGUCGCUCCUGUACCUCGGGCGCCUCGGCUCCUGCCUCGCCUUCAACGUGGUGGGGCCCUUGGCGCCGGCCCUCAUCUCCGAGCUGGUCGAGCCCUCCGUCAGGGGCUCCCUCGUCGCCGUCGUGGAGGCGCUGGUGGCCCUCGGACAGCUCGGCGUCUACUGCCUGGCCGACGCCCUGCCCUGGCGCCUCGCCACCGCCCUCUGCGCCGCCCCCUUCCUCGUCGUCUUCGUCCUCGCCUUCUUGGUGCCGGAGUCGCCCUACUGGCUGCUCCGCCAAGACCGGCCUGACGACGCAGCGAAGGCUCUGUCCCGUCUGCGAGGCUCCGCCAAGGACACCGGCGUGGAGCUCGACGAAAUCGCGAUGGGGAUCAAGGAACGUCCUCAGGCUACUCUCAAGGAUCAGGUGAAACAGCUGUCCUUCCCUCAGCACUUCCGGCCCGUCCUUUUCCUGGCGUCCGUGUUCGUGCUGCGGGAGCUGGGCGGCCAGUACGUCGUCUUCUCCUACACGGUGUACUUGUUCCGUGAGGCGGGCGUGUCCAUGGACGCCUACACGUGCACCAUCCUCGUGGGCGCCGUCCGCCUCGCCUGCACCGUGCUGGGGUCUCUCCUGCUGGACCGGGUGGGGCGCCGGCCGAUGCUCGUCGCGACGGGCGUGGUCUGCGGGCUGGCCGAGCUGGUGGGCGGGGUCUUCCUGCUGGGCCAGUUCCCGGGGGCGUCGUGGGUGCCCCUGGCGGCCGUGCUGGUGUUCGUGUCGUCCUACGGCCUCGGGCUCAGCCCCAUCCCCUGGGUGCUUCUGGGCGAGCUCCUGCCGACGGCCGUGCGCUCCGUCGGCACCUCCAUCUGCGUCUUCAACUUCGCCCUCUCCAUCUUCGUCGUGAGCUACACCUUCCCGCCGCUGGUCGAGCACGCCGGCGUCGGCACGGCGCUCAUCGCCUUCGCCGGCUUCCACGCCGUCCUCAGCCUCGUCGCGUGGGCCUUCCUGCCGGAGACGCGAGGGAAGUCGCUCAGCGAUCUCAAAGACGCCUUCACCUCCGCGCCCGAGGAGGCCGACUGCGCCGCGGCCGGGGGGGGCAAGCCAGCCGAAAAUGCCAAGGAUGCGAAUAUCUAAA